AUGAAUAAUCUUCCCUACCGUAACCAUAGCGCCUUUCGAUCGCGACGAUCGUAUCCUUCCCUGCACCAUGUCUCUCUCGCUCCACUGAAUCCUCGAUUUCUCGCCGACGAGGAGGAGGAGGCGGAGGCGGAGGCAGGGGUUCCUGACUACUUCAACCAUCCCCACCACAAUCACCACGACAGCCCGGACCCGCCCACCGCAAGCGGGUCCCGCACGCGACACCAUCCCCGGAGCAAAAGCUCCAGCCGCAUCCACCACGCCAGUGACCCCAACCUGCAAGCCCGGGGUGCGAGCAGCCCCCUCCACCAUCACCAUCAUCAGCACCAACCUCACCAAACCCACUACACUAGCCGUAGCACCCGGACCCGUCACCCUGCAAACCACCGUCAAGACACAGAAUGGAUGCUCCGCGCCGGCAUCGCACUCGCGUCCUCGACCCGCGAAGAAAAGGGCCAGAGCUGGCUCGUGAAACGACAGAGCUCGACGAGCCUCGUCUCCGAUGACCAUCAACUCACUGCGGCCAAUUCCCGCUCCAGACGGGCUUCACGGUCCCGCCCCAGCAGCCGAGUGGCCAGUAGAGCAGACCUCGCCAUGACCAGCCUCGGCAUGACCACUACCGCAACAUCGACCGCAGCCUCCUCCCGCCGUGAAAGUAGAACGCCCGAGCUUCUGACCGGCACCAGCACCAGCACCAAUAAUAGCACGCAGAAGACCGAGGAACAACAGCAGCAACAACAAACCCGCCACCUCAUCCCCGACUUCGUGGACGAGCGCAUCCGCGCCGAGAUGGCGUCCAUCCAACGCGACGAGAACGCCGCAUUCGACGAGGAGGAGGUAGAGGACGACCUCUCCUCCUUCACCUCCGACUACCCGUACCUCGACUCGGGCGACGAGUCCGACGAGAUCGACGAGCAAGAACUGCAACGCCUCACGCGGGAACGAGGCUUCGGACUCGGCAGCUGGAUCGACCGCAUGGUCGAAUGGACCCUAUUCGGCGUCGAGGACUGGCCGCUUUCCAUUGGUGGUGCCGGUGGCGGCGACAACAACAACAACACUGUAGUCGAAUCCCGAGCCAUCACCAUUGCGGACCACCAGCCCACCCCAUCCGCUGAUAACCCUGAAAACAACACCUCAUCUACCCAUGUAGCAGCAGCAGCAGCGGCGGCGGCGGCGGCGGCGGCGGCGGCAGCAUCAACAACAACCUCACCAUCAAUUGCAGCAGAUGACACCGACACGAUCUCAGUCGCCGAGUCAGAAGUCCUUUCGGUCUGUGAGAAGCCAGGAGACCAAGGCGGCUGGGGCGAUGCAAGCUGGCUGUUCCGGGUUGUGAAACGUGCGCUGUCUUGA